AUGCUUUGGAAACUGUAUUUUUUUGUGUUUGCUACCUCGCUCAUUUUGAAUUUUGUAGGAAUCGUUGCCAAUCUUCUUAUUAUAGCGGUCAUUUAUAAGGCUUGGGUCAGGAGCCACCGAGUCUCCCCUUCGGACAGUCUCUUGUUCAGCUUGGCUGUCACUAGAUUCCUAACUCUGAUGUUGUUUCUACUGAACACUGUCUACAAUGCUGCAAAUGCUGUAAGGUCAGUCUACUUUUCCACGUUUUUCCUGUUGUGUUGGAAGUUCCUGGACUCCAACAGUCUCUGGUUAGUGACCUUGCUGAACUGUUUGUAUUGUGUGAAGAUUACUAAUUUCCAACACCCAGUGUUUCGUCUGUUGAAACGGGCAAUCUCUGCAAAGACCUCCUGCCUGCUGCUGGCCUGUCUUCUGAUUUCUGCCUUCAGCACUCUUCUGUAUCUUGUGCUCACACAGAUAUCACGCUUUCCUGAACACAUAACUGGAAGAAAUGAGACGUCAUUUGACCUCAAAGAGGGCAUAUUGACAUUAGCAGCUUCUUUGGUCUUGAGCUCAUUGUUACAGUUUAUGUUCAAUGUGACUUUCGCUUCCUUGUUAAUACAUUCCUUGCGAAGACAUAUACAGAAGAUGAAGAGAAACACCACCAGCUUUUGGAAUCCCCAGGUGGAGGCUCACAUGGGUGCCAUGAGGCUGAUGAUCUGCUUCCUCCUGCUCUACAUUCCAUAUUCAAUUGCUGCUCUGCUCUAUCCUCUCUCCUAUGGAAGGAAGAGUCUGAGAGCCCAGGCUGUUUGCAUAAUUAUUACUGCUGCUUACCCUCCAGGACAUUCUCUCCUCCUCAUCAUCACACAUCACAAACUUAAAGCUAAAGCAAAGAAGAUUUUCUGUUUCUACAAAUAG